AGAGAGAGAGAGAGAGAGAGAGAGAGCGAGAGAGAUGUUGAGGGUUUUGAGAGGUAGUAGGGUUCUGAUGGCGGCUGCGGUGAGGGGCGGAGGGAAAGCUUCGGUGCAGAGCCCUAAUCCGACCGUGGUAGGUGCAGCUUCUUCUCGCACUGCCUCAACCUCUGGCAUUCUGAAGCCUGUGCCUGUAUCCCCCGCCAUGUCCAAGUUUCUCGGCGGCAUCCCUGAAAUCUCUCGCACCCAAGCUAUCAAGAAGGUCUGGGAACACAUCAAGCUCAAUCAACUUCAGAACCCCGCAAAUAAGAAAGAGAUUUGUUAUGAUGAGAAGCUGAAGGCUAUAUUUGGUGGAAGAGACAAAGUUGGGUUUCUAGAAAUUGCAAAAUUGCUUUCACCCCAUUUCGUCAAGGCUAAAUGAUCUUCCGGUUGUGCAUGAAAGACCAGCAGUUUGAUAUUUCAUCACCACCUUCUGAAAAUGGACAUUUACCAAGUGUUACCUUCUGAAAAUGGCCUUGGUCUGCGUUUGCAUUUCCUGUACAAAAUAGUCAGGGAAGAGGAUGCCUUUUGUUAUCCCAUGCCACUUCUUACCUGCCAUACUCUCCUCCGUUUGAGAUGGGGUCAGAUGAGUAGGUUUGGAAAGGCUUGUGGUGUUGUAGUGCUUGAAAACAGUUCUAGUUCCUAUCUCAAAUCUUCAUUGUAGGUAGGGUCUUUUCGUAACUUCACUCUUUUCAACAAAAUUUUCACUUUGGGCCUGUUUGGAUAGAGUGAAACCAAAAGGUGGAAAUGGAUCCCUAGGUAAAACUAUUUCAUUUCCGUUUCUCUUGCACCUAUUAGGUGUGCAGCAACUGUUGUUAUGGAAAUGUAUUUUCCUUCUCAUCAA